CCGGUACACUGCAGGAGAUGGAGUGGACAUUUUUCAAUGUUUUCAUAUGGGAACGUUAAAAUUAAUGCGACUGAAAAUUCUUCUGCAGAUAUAACAGCAGGAACUCCAGCAACAGGUAUGAGGCUGAAGUUGAAGCUGAAGAUGAAGCAUCUGCUGUGUAACUUCGCCAAAGUCAUCUGGAUGUUCUCCACUUCAGUGCAGGCGCAGGUGGGCUCAGAUGGCGGAAUCACUGCCCAGGAGCAGGUGUACCUCCUGUACGACGUCAAGGUGCAAUGCCUGCACAACGUAUCGUCGCACGACCCUACAGAUGAGCUCUGCCCCCCCGGGUGGGAUGGCCUAAUCUGCUGGCCACAGGGAUCCCCUGGAGCAGUCACACAGGUCCCAUGCCCCAAAUAUGUCUACGACUUCAACCACAAAGGUCACGCCUACAGGAAAUGUGAUGCCAACGGCUCAUGGAUUUUUCUGGAGAGCUUAAACAGGACAUGGGCAAAUUAUUCUGAAUGUUUGAGGUUCCUUCAGCCUGAUCAUGUGGUGGGGAAGCAGGACUUUUUCGAGCGACUCUACAUCAUGUACACCAUCGGUUAUGCGGUGUCCUUCAGCUCCCUCCUGGUCGCCAUCUUUAUCAUUGGAUACUUCCGGCGCCUGCACUGCACCAGGAACUACAUCCACAUGCACUUGUUUGUGUCGUUCAUGCUGCGAGCCGUCAGUAUCUUCAUCAAGGACCGCGUGGUCCACGCCAAUGUCGGCUUGCAAGAAUUCGACUCGGUGCUGAUGGACAACUUCAGGACCGUCUCUGUAAUGUCGGUGGACAAGUCUCAGUAUAUUGGGUGCAAGAUCACUGUCCUCCUCUUCAUCUACUUCUUAGCAACCAACUACUACUGGAUCCUGGUGGAGGGGCUGUACCUGCACAGCCUCAUCUUCAUGGCCUUCUUCUCAGACACCAAGUACCUGUGGUGGUUCACCAUGGUUGGCUGGGGUGUCCCCGCUGUCUUUGUGGCGGCCUGGGCCAUCGUCCGAGCAAUGCUGGCAGACGCCAGAUGCUGGGAGCUCAGCGCAGGAAACAUCAAAUGGAUCUACCAGGUGCCCAUUUUAACCGCCAUCGGACUAAACUUCAUCUUAUUUGUAAAUAUUGUACGGGUGCUUGCAACAAAGAUCCGAGAGACCAACGCAGGGCACUAUGACACAAGGAAGCAGUACAGGAAGCUGGCCAGGUCCACUCUGGUGCUGGUGCUGGUGUUCGGGGUGCAUUACAUCGUGUUCGUGGGGAUGCCGCACGCAGCCAAGGGCGUCGCCUGGGAGGUCCGCAUGUACUGCGAGCUGUUCUUCAACUCCUUCCAGGGUUUUUUCGUCUCCAUCAUCUACUGCUACUGCAACGGCGAGGUCCAGACGGAGAUCAAGAAGACGUGGACGAGGUGGAACCUGGCCUUCGACUGGACGGCCCCGGUGCGGUGUGGGGGAUACCGCUACGGCUCUGUGCUGACCAGCCUGAGUCAGAGUGCCGGCAGCCAAUCACAGCUGGCCGCUGUCUCCCGCUCCACCGCCCUCUUCUCCAGCCAGGUGUACCGCAGCCGGGGAGGGCGCUCUGCAACCACCCAGGCUGCCCUGCCGGGCUGCGUGCUCAGUGGCUCGGAGGGCGACAGUCUGCCCGCAUCUGCCCCCGAGGAGCGCGACGAGAGCGCUGGACAUGUGGACGACAUCUCGCUGAAGGAGGCGCCGUGUGGGCCCCGUGGAGCCGAGGCCGAGCAGGAGGAGAGCAUAUAGGAUGGGGGUAGGGGGCCCCACAAGGCCCUCACACACACAUGGGGAGAGGGGCCCCCUUGCAAGGCCCUCACACACACAGGGAAAAGGGCUCUAUACAGCCCUCACAAGCACAUGCAGAGAGGAGCCCCACGAGUUCCUUACAGGUACACAGAGAUAGGGGCCACUCAAGGCACUUAAACACACAUGGGGAGAGGGGCCCCACAUCCCUCACAUACACAUGGACAGAGGAGCCCCAUGAGUUCCUUACAGGCACAAAGAGAUAGGGGCCCCUCAAGGCACUUAAACACACAUGGGGAGAGGGGCCCCACAUCCCUCACAUACACAUGGACAGAGGAGCCCCAUGAGUUCCUUACAGGCACACAGAGAUAGGGGCCCUUGAAGGCGCUUAAAUGCACAUGGGGAGAGGGGCCCCACAAGGCCCUCACACACACUUGGGGAGAGGAGCCCCAUGAGUUCCUUACACGCACACAGAGAUAGGGGCCCCACAAGACCCUCACACACACAUGGGGAGAGGGGCCCCAUGAAGCCCUUACAAACACAAGGAGAGAGGAACUCCAGCAAGGCCAUCACAUGCACAUGGGGAUAGGGGCCCUACAAGGCCAUCACAUGCACAUGGGGAUAGGGGCCCCACAAGGCUCUCACAUGCAGAUGGUGAUAGGGGCCCCACAAGGCCCUCACAUGCACAUGGGGAUAGGGGCCACACAAGGCCCUCACAUGCAGAUGGUGAUAGGGGCCACACAAGGCUCUCACAUGCAGAUGGUGAUAGGGGCCACAGAAGGCUCUCACAUGCAGAUGGUGAUAGGGGCCCCACAAGGCUCUCACAUGUAGAUGGGGAUAGGGGCCCCACAAGGCCCUCACAUGUAGAUGGAGAUGUGGGCCUCACAAGGGCCUCACAUGUAGAUGGGGAUAGGGGCCCCACAAGGCUCUCACAUGCAGAUGGUGAUAGGGGCCCCACAAGGCCCUCACAAGCACAUGGGGAUAGGGGCCACACAAGGCUCUCACAUGCAGAUGGUGAUAGGGGCCCCACAAGGCUCUCACAUGCAGAUGGUGAUAGGGGCCACACAAGGCCCUCACAUGUAGAUGGAGAUGUGGGCCCCACAAGGGCCUCACAUGUAGAUGGGGAUAGGGGCCCCACAAGGCCCUCACAUGUAGAUGGGGAUAGGGGCCCCACAAGGCCCUCACAUGCAGAGGGGUAGAGGGGCCCCAAGGGGACUUCACACACUCACACACUGGCAUGUGCAUGGACACACGCAGACGCAGUCUAUCACGCACAAACACGCUCUCAUGCCCACAUGAUAGGCCCCUGGUGAGGCAGGGGGUGGACAGCCACACUACUGUCCUCUGCUCCUCUGCUUUUUCCUGUCAUUUUAUAUCUUAUUGUCCUCAUUGCCUGGCAGUAUGUGAAUGGCAGCUGUUUAACUUUGCCUGUAAACACUGAGCAUUACAGGGAAGGAGCAUGAGGGUCCCUGUGACCACCAACAGCUCUCAGAGUAUCACUGUUAGUGAGGGGAUCUCUGCUGAUGUCCCUCUGGUCAGCAGCUCAAUAAACCACUAUAUUUUU